AUGGUGUACGCGCCGCCGCCCGACGGCAUGGGCCUGGAGAUCGACCUCGACCUGGACCCGGAGGACCUCCACCCGACGGUGCCCCUGAAGAAGGUCCCCGCGGGGGACCUCUUCGAGGCGGCGCGCGCCGGCGACUGCGACCGCCUCGCCCUCCUCCUCGAGGCCGGCGCCAACGUCAACGCGCGCGACCGCUGGGACUCCGUCGCGCUCUACUACGCCUGCCUCGCCGGCCACGCCGACGCCGCGCGGAUGCUGCUCGAGGCCGGGGCCGUCUGCGCCGAGCGCACCUUCGACGGCGACCGCUGCCACUACGCCGCGCUCAACCUCGACCUCCGGAGGCUCCUCAAGUCGUUCGAGGCGCGGCCGCCCCCGCUCGCGCCGCUGCCCGCCGCGCUCCGGGCCACCUUCCUCGCGUGCCCCGCCAACCGCGCCGCGUACCUCGAGAUGUUGCUCCAGGAGGGCGCCACCGCAGAAGCCGCUGCGCUAGCUGAGGCCGAAGGAUUUGGGCCAACAGAUGGUGCAUCAACUGGCAGUCUCUUUCCCCCAGAUAUUACAUUUUACGUGGAUGGAAAACCUAUUGAAGCUCAUCGGAUCAUCCUUUGUGCUCGAUCACCCUUCUUUGAACAGAAAUUCGAGACAGACUGGAAAAACAGGAAGGAAGUGAGAUUUUCUAAUAAAAAAUUAUCUUUUGGUGCCUUGUACAACCUUAUCCAUUUCUUCUAUGCCGAUAGACUCGAGGCUCCAGUAGAUGAAAUGGAAAGUUUGUCACGCACUUGCAAAGUUUGCAAGUGUGAGGAGUUGCGUAAGUUAGUUGAGAAAGAAAUUCUGCAUCUUAGGUUUGCACUGUAUAAGUCAACAAGUAAGUUGGGUUUGGAAAAUGCACAGAGUCCGAGACGGUUCAUUUUACUCGGGCAGUCAUUGCCACGGGAAGAUCGCCUUCCAUCAGCAUUGCGGCGUGUUCUUCAGAAAUGUCUGGCUAAUUCAAGAGAAGAAAAUUUCAAAAAAACUGUAGCAAAUGAGAUGUGCAGAAACUGGAAGGAUGAUGAUCUUGCUGAUCUCACUGUAAAAGUAGAUGAUAGAGUCUUCCGUUGCCAUCAGGUGAUUUUGGCCUCAAGGUCGGAGUAUUUUAAAACCAGACUAUCUCGAACAGUGGAUUUUCUUGAAGGUAACAAUCGAGUGCAUGCAUCUCUGGGUCUCCCAUUUCUUGAGGAGCAUGACCUGAGUACAGAAGCAUUUGAAAAGAUGCUUGAAUACAUGUAUACUGACAAUCUGGAGCAUAUGGAUCCAGCCCAGGCUGAAGAACUAUUUGAUGUCGCAUCGAGAUACCUGCUGUUUCCCCUUAGGCGCGCUGUAGCUGAUUUACUGUUACCAAAUCUGGAACAUGUUUCACCUGCAGAGCUGUGCCAUUGGUUGAUCUUGUCGGACAUUUAUGGCGUUAUGAAAAUAAGGGAGUACUGCCUGGAUAUCAUUGCCUACAAUUUCGAGAUGUUUGCGGACAUAAGAGAGUUUAGGGCUUUGCUCUUGACACUCCCGCCGCCAUCUGCAAAUGAUGCACUACGAACGACUCGUCCCAGCCACCCCGGGGCUGCAGGGCACACUGACCAAGGCAAUAUUCUCGACGACUUGCGUGAGAAAUGGUUGGAAGCGGAGGCUGCUGAGCUGGACGAGAGAGAUCAGAGCGCAGCGCUGUUUGACCAGCGACUGGAGAUGCUCAUGCUCGUUGCGGAGCGGGAAGCCUGUGAUGAUGACAACGCUGCCCUCCACUGA